AAGGAAGUCAAAAUAAUGAUGGUCAUUAUAUUAUCAAGAUUUUAAAUUGCGGUCAAACCUACAAUAAGAAUUGUGUCGUUAAAAUGUGUUAAGUGUAGAUAUAACAUUUUUUUAUCAUGGUCCCUACCCUAUCAACUUUUAAACGGGGUAGCAUCCAAGUGCAAAAAGCUGCGAAAGUAGUAAACGAUCAAAUCGGAUCGCGGCAAGUACUGGCAGUUUUUGUGAUAACUGGAUUUGUUCUUUGCGGGGUUGUCGAACAAAGUGCUUCCGUGGCAUUAAGAGCAAACAGCACGUCAAGUUAUUCGGCUGCCGAGUUUGCCGAAUAUGUCGAAAACACCAGUUACAUCACAAGAUACUGUCAACCUCCAUCGGAUGACCAAAAUCUUAGCACUUCUACAGUACAUGUGGUCAGGUCCAUCCCACACAUUGAGAUACCUAUGACGCGUACUGACGAAACAGAGGCAGUCUUACGACAAGCUUUCAUGUGGGGCACCUUGGUGUCUCCUUUGGCCGCCAGUAGAAUUGCCGCAAGAGUUGGAGCGGAAAGACUUUUUGGGGCUGGUGUUCUUGGUACAGGUGUGGUAGCCGUCAUGGUGCCUGCUUCCUGGUUAUCGGCUUGCCAUGUUGGUAUAAGAUUCGUCCAAGGAAUAUUCAUGGGUGCCACAUGGCCGGCUGCUCAUAUGCUGGCUGUAACCUGGAUAAAACGAAAACACAUAACGGGGUUUAUUUCGUUGUAUACAGCUGUAAAUUUGGGUUAUGCAAUUGUCGGUAUACUGGGAACAAUGUUGGUGAGGAAACUAGGAAGAGACUGGUUAAGCUAUACCAUAGCCAUGUCAACUUGUGUAUGGUACUUCUUAUGGUGGAGAUUUGUGGAGGAAUCCUUACACCCAAACAGGCCAAAAAGAGAUGAACACAGAAAUUUACCAUGGAGGAGACUAUUGAUGUCCAAACCAGCAUGGGCUUGUGGUAUAGCCGUUGUUGGUAGUCAAUGGGCUGAUGCCACUCUUAUGCUGGGCGUGACAAAGUAUUUGAAAUUGGUUUAUGGAUUUUCAAUUGAAUAUGAGGAUAUUUUACAAUCUUUACCUCAUAUAGGCCACUUUUUUGCAGCCAUAACCUUUGGGAUAGUAGUGGACCACGUUAGAAUGUCUAAAAUUGUAUCAACAACAACAUCUAGAAAGUUAUUUGUGUAUAUUUCGCACUUUCCACCAGCUGCUUUGAUGUUUGUCCUGGGAUACACAGGAUGUGAUCCUGCAGCUCCUGCGGCUUUGUACACAGCCGCUCUGGCAAUGACAGGAGCAACGCCUGCAGGAGUGUACGCCAGUGCUGCCGAUAUAGCUCCUAAUUUUGCAGGAACUGUAUUUGGAUUGUGUCAAACAGUGGGGGCGGCGGGAUUAUUGGCUGCCAACUACGUCGUGUCUGAAGGAUUACAUGGAUCGUUUGCAGGAUGGUGGCGUCUAGUUUUUGGGGUAUCUUCCGCAGUUUUACUAACAACGGCAACGUUUUUCAUGGCAAUGGGCAGCGGUUCAGUGCAAGACUGGAAUGCUCCGGGCGAUUUAGUCAUUGGUCCCGAAGAACCCACCCAAGAACCAUCCAGACUUGAAUCAGUUCUCGAAUAAAUGUUUUUAACAGAAUAUCAGUGUUUUUUGUUUAAAUAAAAGCUUUAGUUUUGUAA